AUGACUACGGCACGCGAAGCCGGUGGUAUUUGUACAAAUGUUGAAGAUUUUUAUCGAUGGCUGGAAGCCGUAUUCAAUCCUUUAACCACACCAACAAAAUUCAUCGAACCAUAUCUCUUUAAACAAAUGAUUACACCAUCACCCGUGUCAAAGAAGAACAACGAACACGGAUGGUAUGGAUAUGGCUAUGGUUUGAUCGUUAAUGAAUAUGGUAAUGUAAUUGAACAUAGUGGUGAAAUCUACGGAUUUGAAUCUGGAUUCAAACGUUUAGUUAAAGAACAAAUUAAUAUUAUUGUAUUUUCAAAUAUAUUUGAAUGUCAAGUAAAACUGUUUGUUGAUUUUAUACAUAGCGUGUUAGUCGGUAGAGAGGUGAAUAGUGAGAAAGAAGAGAAGAAAGGAGGUUUUGCAGUGAUGACGUAUAAAAAAUUUAGAAAUAAAUUUCUAGGAUAG